AUGCCGGAGGAGGCGAAGCUUAAGUUUGAAACCACAAAUCGCCUGUAUCCUGUCACGGUCAGGUCUGGCAGCACAAUCCACGAUAAAUCCAACCAAACAGUCCUCUUCUGGAGAGAUUAUCUAAGGUUCUUUGUGCAUCCAGAGUUUUACUGUCCUGAUAAACCCCAAGAGUUGAGGGAUCUUAUAUCGGAGUAUUCACAAAGAACCAGAGAUUUGGCUAGCAAAUUACUCCAAGGAGUAUCAAAAAGCUUGGGCAUGGAAAAAGACAACAUCCAGAAAGCCAUGGACUUGGAUCAUGGCACCCAAAUCUUCGCUGCAAAUUACUAUCCACCCUGUCCUCAACCUGAAUUGGCAAUAGGCAUACCACCUCACACAGAUCAUGGCCUUUUGACCUUUCUUCUGCAAAAUGGAGUUGGAGGCCUUGAGAUACAACACAAAGGCCAGUGGUUCCACGUUAAUGCCCUUCCCAACUCCAUUUUCGUCAACGCUGCCGAUCAGCUCGAGAUAUUGAGCAACGGGAAGCACAAGAGUGUGUGGCACAGAGCGGUUGUGAACAACGAAAAGACUAGAAUUACCUUAGUGGUGCCGAAUGGUCCGUCACCUGAUACAAUUGUCACCCCAACCGCGCCGCUGCUGCGUGAAGCUCCGGCAGCAUAUGGUCCGAUGAAGUACAUGGAAUACGUGAAUGUACAACGUGUGACCAGACUUCACGAGAAGCCCCUCUUGGAUCGACUCAAGCUGCAUUAA